AGAGCUGAACGAUCCCAGUGCGGGAAACAAACAACGACUGGCUCUUCUUUCCCCACCUUCUCCGACUUCACUCGCUCAGUCCAAUAAGCACUUUCCCUCUGCAACCCGCGGCGAAUCACACCGCAACAGCACUUCGCACACCCCGAAACACAACCUCGCAGUACUUAGCACGGAAGGAAAAACCAGGUUUAUGUCCGAUAUCGCCAAUCUUAAGUCCUAUGACCCGUUCGCCGACACGGGCGAGGAAGCUGAUCUGAAAGUAGCAGGAUAUAUACACAUCCGUGUUCAACAACGUAACGGUCGCAAAACGCUGACUACGGUGCAGGGGCUCCCCGCCGAUCUCGACCAGAAACGUGUCCUCAAGGCUUUCAAGAAAGAGUUCGCAUGCAACGGCACAGUCGUGCAGGAUGAAGACUUAGGCGAAGUUAUCCAAUUGCAAGGUGACCACCGUCUCAAAAUCCAGCAAUUCCUCGCCGCUCAGGAAAUCGUCUCGAAGGACAAAAUCAAGAUUCACGGUUUCUAGACGGGUCUUUAUUCUCGGAAUCGAUCUGCAUCUCCUGCUACCUCGACCAUUACGCCUUACCGUGUCCUAUCAUCGCAAUUGUUGAUUUCGUGCAUUUUUUGGAGCAACUUUGAGCCA